AUGAAGGCGAAGCGCGACGAUGUGCAACCUGCUUUGGAAUCUGAUGCGCAGGUCAGACCGUCUCGCAGCUCCUCCAUCGGCUCAGAGGACACUCUGGUCCCCGGCGCUGAGCAGGAUUGCAGCGUCCCUCAACAACCCAUCGUCACAUGUAAGGUCACUGGCGUCGAAAGCAGUGCAACAUCGGCGCUCGAACCGAUCAGUCUCGAUCAGCAUUUCGUCUCGAGCUCUGCUCAAACCAAAUGGCAUCUUCGCACUUUAUCCACCAACGACACUGCCCAUGAAGCUAACCACCUCUCCAGGCCGCCAUCCAGGCGAGACUCUCUGCAAGCGCUGCUGUCCUUCCUCGACCACGAAAAGCCACAGAUUGCCCAAGCCCACGAGACGCUGGCACGCCAACAAUUCUCCCUGGACCGUCUUCGCGUCGUGAUGGACGAGUUCGAGGCACGGCUUCACAGGUUCCGCUCCAUGUCCGAUCAGCUGGUCGUGGAGCUCCAGUUGCAGAUGGACGAGAGGGAUCCAAUGUUAGACGAGAUGCUGCUCUUGUCCAUUCGACGCGCCACAUCGCAGAGUUUGGAGGCGGCCAUCAUGGUUUCUUGGUUCCGUGAGACCAGGCUCUCGAAAGUCACGCCAGAGACGAACAUUGAGGCGAAAGAGCGAUCGACGACGCUGUCUAGGUCGAUGGCAGAAGUAUCGUCGAAUGCCCAACCGCGGCUGAAGCAGAAGAAUGAUCAGCAAGUGUGUCUGAAAGCAAUGCCGGACAUACGGGGCCCCUCACCUCACCCUGAUAGGCGCUUCGAAGGCGUUAGGCCACACACGGCUCAGGCAGAUGGAAGAAAUAUGAAUGUCUGCGAUGCAAAGCUGCCUCGCCUGGCUCGGUCGGCCAGCAAGAGGUCAGCCGGUGUGCAACCACGCCUACGAAGCCUUUCAAACGCUGGAAUCGACCCGUAUGGCCUAGCACACGGCAACGUCACCGCUCAGUCGGCAUCCUCUCUCGUCGAGCCCGGUUGCACCAUCCAAGACUCGACGCGCUUCCUGUUUCCGCAUCCAAGUCCAGCUCCACCAACCGUCUCCUCCACCACCUGGUCAACCACCCGCAUUGUGCGAAAACCCAAACUGUCUCUCAAAUCGUUCCUCAACACCCACAUUCCUCCGCUUGUAGCCAGCGCCUCAACCGACACGAUCAUUGCUCCAUCCUCUCACACAGAAUCGCACAACCAAAGCGAUGCAUCUCAUCAAUAUCUUGAUGACGAAUGGAAUGUAGUACUGGCGUCGUUGGAUUACGUACCACCUUCGCUGGCGAAAAGAGCGGAGCCAGCUCCCGAAAAAGGUCCCACGCGUAUCGAUAUGCAUCUUGCAAAGUUGACCGCUUGGGUCGACGGCAUCGGAAGGAGACGUCAUCAACGACGCGUUGCGUAG